AUGAAUUGGGUGAAGAGUUGGGAUCAGGACUGCAAUCAUAACACCAUUAACUAUGGAUCUGCAGUCAGUGCCACCACUUCUGUAUCAUCUGUAGGUCACGACUCGUACUCACUCUCACAGACAUCACCACCAAUACAGCCAUCACUGCAUCCAUCGACACAAUCUGUCGACUCUUCGGACGCCAAUUGUCGCCUCUUUUACGGCAAUCAUCAGUCACUGGAAUCGCAGUCUUCGAGUGAAUCCAGUGCUGGUAUCGGAGGUGAGAAUCAAUCGGCGAUUAAUGGUCUGCCAAUAGAGUCAUUUGAAUCAUCAGCUGUUUGUUUGUCAGACAAUAUCUGUAAUAACAGUGCAAUUAGAGUACAAAAUGAAGACAUCGCUAACAAUGGUUCCGAAGACAACACCAAUUGGUCACAAAUUAAUGUCGACAACAAUGCAAUGGAUUCAUCAAAAAUGCAAGAUUUAGAUGAAGUGACCCGAAGACUGCCGAAGUCGAGUCAAUCGGUUCCCAAAUCAGACACUGAAUGCAACGAUAACUCAAUUGAUGGUCAGAUCAAGUGUUCAGUGAACGGAAGUAAAGGCACAGUGAGUAACGGCAACAGCUCUGCCAACGGUAUAAUCGGUGAUAACAGUCAUACAAACCAAACACCAAUCAGUGAAUCAGUGAUCUCUUCAGCAAACAAUUGCGAACAACAAUUCUGGUCAACAAAUUGCGUAAUCAAUACGGAUUGCGAAGUCUCGGGACAGGCAUACAGUGUGGCCACAGCUCUGAAUGGUGGCCAUCAAUACCCGCAAUACAGUCCUAAUAUGAACACUUCGUUCGGCACAAGCAGUGCUGUAUCGCCGCCAUUGUCUCAAUCGCAACAGUCGAGCGCCUCCUCAGCCCAGAGACGUGCGAUAACCGGCGCCCAUAACUUGGCCUCCAAUGCCAUUGCGUCGACUCGACCCCCACCACAGUCUCAAACUUCUAGUCUCUUCAAAACCUACACCAGUGCUGGCAAUUGGACGGCUCAACCGCCGCAACCAUCGGCCACUUCCUGGUCCACAGCGGUGUCGCAGCCGUCACCCAAUACAGGCAACCCCUGGGGCUCUCUUAACAUGAGUUCCCAGAAACGGGCCGUCACUGCAGUGCCAAACGUGUCGCCCAUUUCACCGAUGAAGAAGUCGCCGCCGGCCAUGAAUCAGACGCCAUCGAUGAUGAUCUCGCCGUCAAAGUAUAGGCGCAGCGCAUCCAUGCCUAUGGCUAAACAGUUCGGCUCCUCUAACACACCCUUUGAUUUGGCAUCCAUUGGAAGCGACACCACUUCCUCCUCCAGUGAGUCCGCGAAUGUCAGGGACAGCGCUCUCGGCCUUCCCUAUCAGGAAAGACAAAUGCCCGGUGGAAUGGGAUCGGCUACCAGUCCUUUAGAUACUCUUCGCUUUCCUCUGGAACAGCAACUUUUGGAGAUUAUUCGUACGACAGGAGAUUCACAGGACCAGUGCAAAGGUUUUGUAAACUACAAUCACACGGGUCUUCAGUCUUUGUCACAAAUGCAAGGCAAAUCUCCAUUCUUUACUGGCGUUGACUCCGAUAAUCAUAUUCUUAUGGACUCCAACUCUGUUGCUGGCGAUAGCGGUGAACGCUUCUCCAGAAAGGUGUUUGUUGGAGGACUUCCUCCUGAUAUAGACGAAGAGGAGAUUACAGCGAGUUUUCGACGCUUUGGGCCCCUAGUGGUGGACUGGCCUCAUAAGGCUGAGAGCAAAUCCUAUUUCCCACCCAAAGGAUAUGCAUUCUUGCUAUUUCAAGACGAAUCGUCGGUUCAGGCAUUGAUUGACGCGUGUAUUCAAGAGGACGAUAAGCUAUAUCUGUGUGUUUCGAGUCCUACUAUUAAAGACAAACCGGUGCAAAUUCGACCAUGGAGACUCAGUGAUGCUGAUUUCGUAUUGGACGCAUCGAUGCCACUCGACCCUCGAAAAACAGUUUUUGUUGGUGGAGUUCCCCGACCUCUCAAAGCUGUUGAAUUGGCAAUGAUUAUGGAUCGCCUUUACGGAGGUGUUUGUUAUGCCGGCAUCGAUACUGACCCGGAGCUGAGAUAUCCGAAAGGUGCGGGAAGAGUGGCUUUCUCUAACCAACAGAGCUAUAUAGCGGCCAUAAGCGCCCGAUUCGUUCAGUUACAACACGGAGACAUCGAGAAGCGGGUUGAAGUCAAACCAUAUGUUUUAGAUGACCAGAUAUGCGAUGAAUGUCAAGGGGCGCGCUGUGGGGGCAAAUUUGCGCCGUUCUUCUGUGCGAACGUGACAUGUCUGCAGUACUACUGCGAGCACUGCUGGGCGACUAUCCAUUCAAGACCUGGUCGUGAGUUUCAUAAGCCUCUAGUGAAAGAGGGCGCCGACAGACCGCGAGCCGUACCAUUUCGCUGGUGUUAAGGCAAAUGCAGUUUAGGCUUAAUUCAAACUUCAAUAGUUGUUGACUAACAGUAGAGAUAAUUCGUUAUAGUCUUAUAGUCGUGAAGACAAACGAC